GCAUCAAUUUGGUGAUCUUCUCGCAUGUAAAACUAAUGCAGCUGUAAUAGAAACCAUUACAAAAUUCGCCGUCUUCUCCUCCUCCUCCUCCUCCUCCUCCUCCUUCUUGGUCGUCGUCUUCUACUUCUUCUUCUUGCUUUUCCAUGGUUGUUACUCUAUCCGUGCUCAAGUUGAAGAGCGCCACUUGGACGAUUCAUUUGCAGACAAACAUUUUUACCUCGUGCCGGGUUACUUGUAACCGCUAGAGGAUGAUCUGAUUGAUGGAAACACCUUCAACCGGCAAAAACGACUCUCUAGUUUAGAGGCCUCUGCUAGCAGUGUUGAUCCUCCAUAGGUCAUUACAUAGAGGCUGCCCGUAAACUUGGCGUAAAUUGCAGGAGAGCGGGUGAAAUUUGUGGCGCGCAAUCGGAGGAUUGCUUCAGCCACCGUUGGGGCGGAUUGUUGCUGUGAAUAACUGAAGCUAUAUCGGGAUUUUAAGCUAUUGACACGAUUCUUGUGUGUUCAUGUGGUGAUGGGCUCUACGAGAGCAUUCAGAAAAAGGAGGAGGACAGAUAAGAAGUCAAAACCAAAUGAUUUUACUUCUGGAUCUUCAGCGAAACAAGAGUCUGGUGGUUGCUGGAAUGGCUUCUCCAAAAGCAUCAAUGGUUUGGACAAGUUCGAGCCCAUUUUCGGUGUAAGCAGAACCACCUUUGAAUACAUCUGUUCACUCGUCAGGGACGAUCUGCUGAGAAAGCCGCGUUUCGUGUCCGCAACUGGAAAUCUCCUCUCUUUACCCGAUCAAGUAGCAGUAGCUCUAAGAAGGCUAAGCUCUGGUGAUUCAUUGGUCAAUGUCGGGGACUCAUUUGGGCUCCACCAUUCCGCUGUCUCUCAGAUCACAUGGCGUUUUGUCGAGGCGAUGGAAGAGAGAGGUCUCCAUCACCUUCAAUGGCCAUCGACCGAUAAGGACAUCAAACAGAUCAAAUAUGAGUUUGAGAGGAUAUCGGGCCUGCCCAAUUGCUGUGGAGCAAUUGGUAUCACCCACAUUCUGAUGAACCUGCCCGCUUCAGAUCCCAACAACACUACGUGGCUCGACCACCAGAAGAAUCACAGCAUGGUUCUCCAGGGGAUCGUGGAUCCCGCAAUGAGGUUUCGGGAUAUCGUGACAGGGUGGCCCGGGAAAGUGGAUGCAUCGUCCAUGUUUCGGAGCUCGAGCUUCUACCAGCUUUGCGAGAACGGGAAGAGGCUUAACGGGGAGACCUUAAAGCUAAAUAAUGGGUCAGUAAUAGGGGAGUACAUGGUCGGGGACACAGGCUUCCCAUUGCUUCCGUAUCUCGCGACCCCUUACGAUGGAGAUGACUUGUCUAUACUGGAAACAGAGUUCAAUAGGCGGCAUUUUGUGACCAAUCAGGUGGCGCAGAGGGCGUUCGUGAGGUUAAAGGACAAGUGGCGAAUUAUCAGAGGAGUAAUGUGGAGACCCGAUAAGCAUAAGCUGCCGAGGAUUAUUUUAGUGUGCUGCAUCCUUCACAACAUAGCAAUUGACUCGGGAGAUAAGGUCGACGAGGACUGUCCUAGCUUGUCUCAUGAGCAUGACCCAGGUUAUUGGGCACGAAGGUGCGAGAUAGCUGACAUGGAAGGUGUAAUUCUACGAGAUAAGUUGUCUCUCUACGCGUGCAGAAGUGUGCCUCCGUGAUCGGCUACUUGUUCCCAUAAUUAGCAUUUACCAUCUCUGAAUGAAGCAGUACAGGACAUUCAAAAUUUCCGACAACUCGAAGCACAAGCCUUUCAUUAAAAAGCUAUCGUACCCUGAUCGAUUUGCAUUUGAGUCUCGGGUAUAUUAUGUUGUGCGCUUUCCGCUGGUUGUGUAAUUGAAUAUUGCACACGCAUAUAUAGGCGUGAUUGAAUCGAAUAGAAACAGGCCCAUCAAAUAGAAUCGAAUAUAAGCAGGAUCUGUGAUAUGAAUCUUAGUAUAGCUCAGCAGUGAUGGGGCCAAUAAUGAUUUCUAGCAGUCAUGAAUUGUUUGUCGGAAAUGUGGCAGAAUUUUCGUUU